GCAUCAGAUCACUUCGCGGUCUUCGACAAAGUUUUUCAGGUACCCUAGGCUAUGUUUUCACUUUAUUGGUUACAUGGUUUUAGAAAAAUUCGAGCUUGUUAUGAGAGAAAUGCAAAAAAGUGUGUUUUUCCAUACAAACUUCAAACGCGAUGCGCAAAACGUAGACAUAAUCGAUUGUGCCCAAAUUUUGCACACUUAUUUGGGCCCUGAAAUGGGAUCAAAAAAGCUUUGAUCUGAUGGGAUACCAUUGAAUUUUUAAUUUUUCCAUAUAAACGAUGACUCACUCUAAAUUGUACAACAUCUAGUAGCAACGGUUUUCACACUAACAUUCCGACGAGCCCGUGCCGUUAUUGGAUCUUAAGUUGUCGAGCAUUGAGGAUGGAGUGCUAAUCCCAAGCCCCAUUUCGAUUUUAUUACUUAUUCCAAGCCCUAUCUAUUAGUUCUUGUCAAUCACGGAGUAAAAACUAGGAAGUGUACGGUCACCAAUGCUAAUGCACAUGCUUAUGCACUUGGAUAGGCCACAAUCAAAUCCUAAGAUUCCUCUUGGGAUUCUUCCAAAAAAAUUCACCAAUGAUAAAUCUAAUUAUCCUAAAGAUUCCUCCAGGGACCCCUUUAGGCCAGAUUAUUCUCUAGAGACAUCUCCUGGGAUUGAAACAGGAAUUUAAUCAAGAGUUUCUCGAGGAAUUUGUCCAAAAAAAUCCAGGAAUUCCUGUAGGACAAAAAUAAUCAUUCCUCUGGGUAUUCCUCUAGGAAUAAAACAAAAAAGGAUUUGUCUAGGAAUUUCACCAGGGACUCAUAAAAGAAUUUUGUCAAGCAUUCCUGAAGAAAUUACGCCUAGGUUUUAUCCAGGUAUUCUUAUAGAAUAUUUUCAAGAAUUUCUUUGGGUAUUACUGCAGGAACUCUAUUAGGGAUUCCACCAAAUAUUCCUCCAGGAAUGUCACCAGAAAUUUAUCGAAAAAUCUAUCUAGGAAUCGGCGAUGGUGUUCAGAUAGACGAAGAUACCUUUGCAAAAGGCUUAUAACAUCGGGAUCCGAGAAAUACGAAGACGCAUCAAUGGAAGUCUAUGGGCUUCAAAAGGAACUGCGAUCAUAAAAGAUUCAACCCGCGCCCCAUGCACCAAUGUACCAUGUACAUGCCGCUAUUGAAUCGAUGGUCCUCUAUGGACACCAGACUUUAUUAUAAGUGACCACACUUGUACGUCGUAAAGCACAGCGUAGAAGUCAUCAGAUAUUCUUCUAGAAAUUUAACCAGGGCUUUAUCCAGGGAUUCCUCCGGGAUUUGCUCUAGAGAUUUAUUCAGGGAACCCUUCAAUAAAUCAACGAAGAAUGUAUCCGAGAAUUUUUCUAAUGAUUUAUCCAGUUAUCCAUCUAAGGAUUUCUACAUGUAUUUAAGGAUUUGAUCAGGAAUUCAUCCAGUGAUUUAUCCAGAUAUAAAUCUAGGGAUUCUUCCAGAUUUCUUUAGAGAGUUCUACGUGGAUUUCGCUAGGAUUUCAAUCAGGAUUUCUUCCAGAGAAUAGGCUCCUAAAGUCCUAUCGGGAUUCUUGUUUUAAACCACAAUAUAUGGUUCAAAAGUACAUAUUUACUCAAUCUUUGACGUUUUUAUUAACCGUAGCGGAAAAUAUAUAUUUUUUAUUUUUUUAGCCUUUUGUCUCGUCCCUAGCUUAUAACACAUACUUUGAGUGAUUUUUUUUCACCGUGGAACAUUUUCGAAAUCCCAGUGCGAAAAAUGUCUAGCUCAGUCACACAAGGUUGACCUCAAAUGUCAAAGUUGAACUAUUUACCAUUUUGCUUAUUUUGAAUUUUCUCAUUAUUCCUUUGUUUUUCAAGUUCGAAUAAAGUACAAUUCCGAUUAGAACACCAUGCUUGAUCGUAUUAUUCAAUAUAAGCGAGAUUUCGUCUUUAAUUUUAGGACCCUAUUACGCAGGAACACCUGGAAACAUUUUUUCAGCAAUUUUACUCAGGAAUUAAUCUACGGAUUCCUCCAUGGGUUUACCCGAGAAUUACUGCCCCUCUCGCCUAUCCCUCUAAAAGUGAGCCCCUAUACAAAUGACACAGAUGUUUUUUUUUCGUAACUGGAAAAUUAUUUAAGCAAAUGGAACCAAAUAGGGCACGUGAAGGUUCUCAAAGACAAGACAUGUUUCUAUGGUGGAAAGGAAGGCUCUCGUACAUGUGAAGAAAAAAGUAAGCCGGAUAUGAUAAUUAUCCAGUCUUCAAAUUCAUCAAUUUUUAUUUCUCCAUACAGAGUAUACAGCAAUUUUAAAGUUCAUUUUUAUCCAUUUGGCGCAUGUUCCAACCAUCAAACAAACACAUGUUUAUACUUCCCACCAUCUCUAAGACUUUUUCUAAUUUAUAGGGGACAAAGGGCAAAAAAGGACACUUGUUGUCAUUGGAUUUCCCGAUAUUUUAUUAUACAUAAGAUACACUAUUUUCCAUAAACUGAAAAUCCGUUUCUGAAUUGCGUCCGUUUCUUUUGUUCCAACUAUCAUAAGAUAAACCACUGUGCAGUUCAAGCAAGUAAAAUCAAACGAAUGAGCAGAGUCCAAGUUGGAUGCGCGCGUCUAACUGGGCGUCAACCCCUUUUGGGGAAUAGUAUGAAUAAAAAAUGUACGCAUGUUAUCUGAGUCGUUGUACGCAUGCUAGGAGUCGUUGAAAAAAGAAAGAACAUUAAGCUGCUUCUCGAGCCAAGAUAUAUAUGUUUGGGAAUUCUAGGCGAGAUAAAAAAAGCUAUACGGGAAUCCCCAAGCCGAAUAGUGAGUUCUGGGUUAACCCUGGUUAAAAAAAAUAAUUCUGUUAAUUAUGUUCAAUUCUGGUUAAAAAAAAAUAACAAAUAUUAAGCAAGUAAAUAUUAACUCUGUCUCAGCAUAUUGUUGAUUUUCUUUCCGUUAUGUUCAGGGAGUUUUUUUUAGUAAUGUCACAUUUUUAGUACUGAAUAAUUAUACUGAUUAUACAUAUAUGUAGGUUUCCAACAAUUCAACAUUUCACUGUAAUAAAAUCAACAUUGUCUUUAUUUGUAUGUCACGAUUUAGAUUGAGAACAAGUCAACAAAUUUACAUAAUAUAUAUUUUCACUCUUAUACAAGUGCAGGUCUUCGACGUAUUUGUGCUUAAAUAAAUGUGACAACUAGACGGAAAAGUAAGAAAAAUUAGAAAAUUUGUAGAGAUAUCUCUAUUGAACUAUAUGCCAACAACGCGAUAGGCAGGACGCUGUUUGCUAGAACAGCUAGUGAAAUUUGAAAAUCGGUUUGAUCCCAUUGUGCACUCAUGGUUGUUAUCGUGUUUCAGUUUAUUUUUUUUCUUUAUCACAAAAGUCCAGGGUGGACCACAUUUGAAUCAAAACAGUCAUUUAAGGUUAAAGAAGUUGUCACUGAUAUAAAUAAUCGUCAUCAUUGAAAAGUUGAAAAUUGUUUUCUACGGGGAUUUUGCCUUUUGCUGCCCGCUGUAAUAUUGCUGUCGCGGUUUCGCUACACGCGACAAACGAUUUUUCUCCAAACCGAUACGUUAAAAGUUAGAAGACCGAACAAAUGUGAAGCCGUGUGGUAUGCCAUGAAUAUUAUAGAAUAUAAAAUUGUCAGAAAUACAAAUAAAUGUAGUUUAAACCACCACCGAAGACACACGGCAAUAAGGAGUUUUUUAACAGGUUGUGAGCCUGUUGCUAGUAAGCCAGACGAAUAUUAAAGAUGACUUCAAGUUCCGGAACUCAACCCAACCAGCUAAAUUCGAUGGAUUUCAAGAUUACGUCGCUGUGGGUCGGAAUGCUGCUACUUGCCGAUCUCACGAAGCAGUUCAAGUCCAUAAUUAUGGCGCUGCUAAUUACCCAGGACCUCCCGGGACUAUGUGACUAACGGCGGUAUGGUGCCAGCGAAGUAAACUACUCAAAUUCAUCAAAAUACCUUAUGAAAUUUAGCCAUAACUGUAAAGUAUGGAUGCCAUAAGAAUACCUUAUGAAAAUUAAACAUGCUUAUUAUGACCUAAUUACAUAAGAUAAACUUAUGAAAGGAUCAGAGAAAUCACAAAAUGAUGCGGACUGGAAUCGAUCCAUGAACGUCGAGAUCACUGAGAUCGUGCCCAACCCACGCGGCUAUCGACGCUUGAGAAUAUCGUGUUGCUAAAUGUGCAUAAAAGCCAAACUGUGAGUCGAUUCUGUGUCAUACACUGAGAAAACUGAUCUUAUGAAGAGCAUAAGUUUGUCUUAUGAAAUUUCGACAUAAGAAAAUGUUUUGAUUUCCAUAAGAAAUUCUUAUGAUAUCGUUUCAUAAGACAUCUCAUGAAAUAUUUUUGCGCAAUAUAAAACAAAAUCGCAACCUGGAAUCGAACCAGGGACGUCGAAAUCGGAGAACGCGUGCUUUACUCACGCGCUCAUCGACGCUUCGAAGAUUGGAACGGUUGGAGUGCAAUAAAAAGUUUGGCUUUUCGGGAUCAACGUUUCAUAAGAACAUUCUUAUGAGAUUUUUCAUAAGACCGCUGUAAUGAAUUUCUUAAGAAAUUUUUGCCUCAGUGUAGACCGACCUUAUGAAAAUCGUUCUAGCCGUUAUGAAUUGUUUAAAGGCCAUUUCAUAAGUUAGACCUUAUGAUAAUAUUAGGUUUAUUUGCCUGAGUGUGGACAUCGUCGCUAGUGGUACGGCGAAGAUUUGGCCAGCGUGCCAGAAAGAGAAGGACGGUGUUGCGAUUAGAGACGCUCAGCUGAUCCCUUCUCUGGCUACAAACAUUUUGUCGCUCAGCGAAAUUGUUCAGAAGGGUUAUUCGGUGAACUUCACGAACUAAGGAUGCAAGGUGAUGAAUACCGAAGGCAAGGUUGUGCCGUCUGGCAUCCAUGUGAACAAUCAGUAGUUGGUCAAGGCGUGCCGUGAACCGAAAACUACAUUGACCUGUACUGCCUCGAUUCGCACAACAGUCCCAUGUGAAUAGGAAACCCAGCAAACAUGGGACUGUUAUGCGAAUAGAGGCAGUAGUACUGCCCCUCUUCGCAUAUCAGCACUAUGUUGUCUUUCAAACUGCCUACGUUUUGCACUAUAACUUCGUCGGUACUAUAACUCCAAUUGUUUUCAAAAAACAUGUAUUCAUGUGAUGCAUAAACUUUUCAAGCUCUCGAAAAGUUUUUGGGCCGAAGCCGUGUCUACUUGCCCAACCGAUCGCCAAUCCGUAGCCAUGACGCCCGAGGAAGCCUGUAGUGUAAAGAAGUCAACUGUCGCAUGACUAUUUUCAGAACGAAGGCCAUGGUCCAGAGUCCGAAACAGAAGCGCGCUUUAACGAGGUGACAGAAGGGUACCGUCUACCAUCAAGAACCGUGAGAUAAUCACCCUGGACGAGGCAACUGCUGACUUGAUCCCUGGGGAGACUUGUUCCCCCCAUAUUUUCUCGGAAUCAAAAACAGUUUUCUUCUAGCAUAUUUAUUCCAAAACAACAUCUGGACAGACGACAAUGUUUGGCUACAAUUGAUUUUAAUUGUGUAUUGCAUUAUUUUUUAAUGGCUGAUGGUUUGUUUUCAGUCAUUCAGAAAUCUUUUAGGCGAUUCCGAAAAAUCUCAAUAACUUUGUAAAAAUUGAACCAAACCGUGUCAAAAUUUCACAGCACAUAGUAAAAAUAAAAUACUAUCAAACGUAUUUAUCCAAAUAAGGUUGUUAUAUAAAUAUUUCAAAUUAUGUAGGUUAGUGUAUACAACAGUGACAUGAGGAGACUUGAUCCCUCGAGGAUUACACACACAUUAUACAUGUGAAAAAAAAAAUCUAUUUGGAAGCCUCUAUUUACUCGGAAUUCUAGUAUAUGCAAUGAUAAAACGUGUCAGAUAAUUAUUAUUUUAUUACACACCAUUAAAAGGGGGAUCAAAUCUCCCCAGUUUCAAAAUACGGCAUAUCCUUAACAAUUUAAGGAAAUCUUAUAAUUUCAAAUACACCAUAUUCAUCAAAAAUGUAAGAAAACUUGAAAAGAAAAUGAACAGGAAGCUUUUGGAGUUAUUUUCCCUUUAUAUUAAACAUGUGCUCAAAAGGGGAUCAAUUGUUGUGACCUAUUUUUGAAAAAUACAUCAUAAGACAUGCCUACAUAAAAACACAGUUUUGAAAACUUUAACAAUAAUUUAAAGUCCUUCUGUUUUUUAAAAAGACACUACACCGUCUUCAACCAGAGGUUGCCCAGACUGAAUAUUCACUAACAUUAGGCAACGGACAACACGGAACACCCAGUGGACCAGUGGAGGAUUUUUCGGUGGGGAAUAGUUUCCUCCGGCUGGAGCGGGAAUCGAACCCUCACUCCGUGGCACCCACAAUACGCCUAAACGACUGACGCCGCUAACCGCACGGCCACGAAGCCUGUGCAUAAACUUGCAAUAGGUGUUUACCUACCAUUCUGUACGAAAAAUGGAUCUAGUUUUGUGUUUUUUUUUAAUGUUACAGGCAAAUUAAGAAAAAGGGAUCAAGUCUCCCCAGUCUCCCCUAUCGGUGCAGCGAGACAAGCUUUUCUCGCUGAUUCGACUGGAUGUUCAAGACUUUGCGAAGAUGUAAUUUAAACCUGUACCUACUCAGCCCGAGCCAAAUACCGCGUUCCUGGUUCCGAUGAUGACGGGGAGGACGAUUCUGCAGAUACAUCUGAUGACAGCGAUACAUCUAUAGCAAUAGUGACUGACCUUGUACUCCCUUCACUACAAACUUCGGUAACUUCAGAAAAGUGUUGAGGCUCCGUGGACGGAAGCACAUACUGUCAGGUAAGUUCAAAGAUGUUUCCAUUCAAAAUCCUGGUAUUGAAACUUUACAUACAGCCAUUUCUGAGGGCGAUUCGAGCAACUUCGCAGGCUUCACCGAUAACGUUGCGCCAAACCAUGGAUGCGCGGCGAUAACUACCGAGCUGGGGAAUCGUUAUUCGGAGGACCUCCUGUCACACCAAGAGGCAUUCUGACGAAACGACAGCGAGUGCUGUAAGCGUGCGAUGCAGGAAGAAUUCCAGGCACUGGUAGAAUCCGUUCAUCGUUUAUGGUUUAGGAGAAAACCCGAUUCUCGCGUCUCAAAAAUUCCGAUUUUCUAUUGCACGGAUAAUAUAAACAUCGAUCAAAGUUAGUUCGACUUUUCCGAAGCUUACUCGUUAGAUUUUGUAUAAAAUAGAUUUAAUAUAUUCGAUAUAAUGUGGCAGUAAGCAACCUAUUCCAUCGGAUAAAUGUGAGGACAGGAACACCACAUUUUACUAUAGAGAACGCUAUAACUAAAGUACUGCGCCACCCUAAUCCCACACUGCGGUUUUGGUUCAGCACAAACGAAUAAAAAGCGACUGGGACAACAUCAUCAAUCCAAGACUGUCGAGUGCUAUCAGUAGAAAAAUAGCUGUCCAACAAAGUGGUUAAUAGUGAAAACGUUCAAUAAUCAGUUCAGGAUGAAGAGAAUUGCGGUCAUAUUACUUCUUAUCAUUACCCUUGACGAUAUAAAGUCGCUCUAUAUACCUCCAAGUUCGAUACAGAAUAAUGCAGUCAAAAUUCACGAUUUCCGUUUACCAGCUGAUGUUGGUGCGAUCCCAAAUAAAGAACGGUUGCUUUUUUAUGGCGCAGUGGUUGACAUGCUUCCGUAUAAUUUUACAGAACACUUCGACAAAUGCAUUUUUAUUCAAUUUGAAAGUGGAUCUGUUAAAGUAAUACACAUAAACGAAAAAUUAACGAACACUGAAUUGUUGGGAACAUAUACUGAAAAUGUCAUAAUUCAAAAACAAAAACAUUACCAGUUAGAAAGCUUUGUGUGUAAUAUUGGAAAACUUGCACGUAUCCCAAAAAACAUGAACCAGCUCAAGAAAUUGAAUAAAUUAGAACUUUCGAAUAACUUGAUAGAAUCAGUUCAAAUGGAUCAGUUUGAUGGUUUGAACCAUCUGAAAACUAUUGACCUAUCUUCUAAUAACAUAAAACACAUUUACAGUCAUGGAUCCGUAAGUUUACCUUUGCUCACUGGUUUAAAUCUUAACUUUAAUCAUGUGCAACGCUUUGACGUGUGUAGCUGGAACAUGCCUUCGCUUUCCUUCCUUGAACUUGAUCACAACAAUUUGAUACAUUUCCCCGUCCAACAUUUUCGCAAGCUACAAUUUUUAUACAUAGAUGAAAACCCUCUGAACUGCGCUUGGAAAGACAGUUUACUGAAAAGCAAUACAAUGAUUUCAAAUUUGCUAAGUAUAUCUUGCGACGAAGAAAACGUGGGCAGUUUCGGAUUGGAUUGCUCGUCACGGUUCACUACAAUUGAAGAAAGAUUGUCGAUUUUAGACCAACAAUUUUCCAAUAUGACUGAAAAUUUCCAAAAGAUAGAAAGCCGUUUGGAGAAUCUCGGGAGAAAGAUGAUCAAACAAGAAAAUGUCUCAAAUAAUAUAAUUGAAUCAAUGUAUAGAAUAGAAAUAGAAAGAGCAUCACAGAUAGAAAGCCUGUUGGACAAUCUUGGGAGAAAGAUGACCGAACAAGAAAAUGUCUCAAAUAAUAUAGUUGAAGCAAUGUAUAGAAUGGAAAUGGAAAGAGCAUCUCAAAUAAAAAAAGAAACAUAGCUUAUAUUAAAACCGAAAUGUGAUCUAUAUAAACAAAAAAUUUGAGAUGUUUGUACGUCAAUACUUAACCGGAGAACGAGUCAACGUAUUUACAAAAUUCUUUCACUGUUGUUUAAUAAACAUUAUGUAGUAGAAAAACUUUUGACCCGAAUUCUCAGUACAGCGUAGUGAAUAAUAUCUCAUAACCUGCGUUAUAACUUUCUUGCCUUUUUUGCAUUAAACCCUUUUUUUCGUAGGUAUUCGAGCCCGACAGUUCAAUCCAAUUGGUGAUUGAAAGUAGAGGUUAUUGUGGAGAAUCGUAAUCGUGCUGUUAGGGUCACCAAGCUUCUAAUCACACCAUGCUAUGGGGUGAGGGUUCGAUUCCCGCUCAGGGCGAUGAAACUUUACGUGAAAAUAGUUUCUUCUCCGUAUCCACUGGUGCAUGCUCCGUGUGUCCCUCGUCUAGUGUUAAGUUGCAUUCAGUCUGUACAGUAGGCUGCGGCUUAUUUUUCAAAAGUUGUUGAAACCUGGAAUCCGUAAGCUCUUUUGGAUUCAAAUGACACAAAAAGAGAAACCUCUGAGUUUAAGCCAAAAAUAUUGAGGUUUAGAGGUCGCGCAAUCGCUUCAAAGCCGAAUUUUCGAGUAAUAAAAAGCUGUUUUCACUUCAAGUGCCAUAACUUUCUCAAUUUUAAACCGAUUUUCAAUCUUUUUUAUGAAUUUCUCACAAAUUGAAUUUCAAAUAAACUUGUAGAACAUUUUUUUUCCGAAGUCACGCAAAAUAUGAGUUUUUGAAGAUUUAAUUCAUUUUUUUCUCCUAUUUACAAAAAUUUUUCACUUUAGAAUCCUAUAACUUUUCAACCGUUUGACCAAUUUUAAAUUUUUUAGCUUGCUUUUGUAGAUAUUUUUGUUGUCUAUCUUUGUCCUAAACCAACUUUUCAUCAAAGUAGUCAUUUUUAUGAUACUUUUCACCAAAAACUGCCAAAACAUGCCUUAAAACUUGAUUUUUUAUGCAUAAUUGAAGUUUUGACGAUUAUUUGCAAUUUUUUACUCCAAACCAGAUACUUAGCAUCACAUUUAGGGAUAUGGAACACAUUGGAGGAUUUUUUUUUUCAAUUUUUUUUUCUCGCAUUUCGAACAUGAAUAUAUUUUUUUGAUUCAGAACACUCCAAAAACUAACUUUUAAGGCUUCCUAAUGAUUAUUUAGUAUACAUUUUUCACUUUGAGCUCGAAACUAAGCAUAAAAACUAUUAAAAUUUUGCCAAAAUUCUGAUUUUUCCAAUAAAAUACGUGUUUCUGACCGGUUUUUGGUAUUUAUCUAUUUUGAAACAUUUUUUAAAGGUACAGUUUAUUCGCAGCAUUCUUAGGCAACAAAAAUAUCUACAAAAGCAAGCUAAAAAAUUUAAAAUCGGUCAAACGGUUAAAGAUUAUAGAACUCUUAAGUUAAUUUUUUUUGUAAAAAGAAGAAAAAAAAUGAAUUAAAUCUUUAAAAACUCAUAUUUUGCGUGACUUUGGAAAAAAAUGAUGUUCUACGAGUUUAUUCGAAAUUCAAUUUGUGAGAAAUUCAUAAAAAAAGAUUGAAAAUCGGUUGAAAAUUGAGAAAGUUAUGGCACUUGAAGUGAAAACACCUUUUUAUUACUCGAAAAUUCGACUUUGAAGCGAUUGCGCGACCUCUAAAUCUCAAUAUUUUUGGCUUAAACUCAGAGGUUUCUCUUUUUGUGUCAUUAGAAUCCAAAAGAGCGUACGAAUUCCAGGUUUCAACAACUUUUGAAAAAUAAGCCGCAGCCUACUGUACAGCCUCUGGCUGAAGAUGGUGUCCGCGUCUUUUUUUUAAGUAGAGGUUAUGUCGUGUAAAUUUGGAAGUUUGAAACGGAAAUACCAGUUCCCUAUCAGCUUAAUCAUCAUUUUUGGUAUAUUCUCGGGCUGUUCGGGCUCGUUUGAAAGUUGACCAUCAAUGCUAACUUAUUUUCCCGAUCAGCCUAGAUAGCUGUGUAGUGUCGGUAGCGGUUGUCUCAAUUGGCUAAGAAUAGCACUACGGAUCCAUUGGUAAGAGUCCACUAAACAGGUGACCCCUAAUUCAUGGUGUUAUGCGGCUUUAUGCUUACCGUGCCAAGGAAUGAAUGGUUAGGGGGGUUUUAUAACAGGGUAUCUACUCAAUUAUGAAAAUGAAAUUCCCUGAUAUUUCCAGGUUUUUGAAAAUAAUUCCAGGUUCAACAAACUUUAACAAAUCGAUUAAACUAAACAUGAUUUCAGAUUUCUAGAAAUUCUUCAUUACACCAACAAAGCUAGCCAUGAAAAUGUUUGGUAUUUCUCAGGUCAUUUUGACAGACCACACACAUGCACGAAAAAGACGGAUAACAUAUUCUACUUUGUCAAUCUUGUUGCCGUCAUUUUCAUGCUCAUGUUACAUCUGUCAAAAUGACCUGAGAAUUGUCAGUCAUUUUGAGGUUAGGUUCGUUGGUGUAAUAAAGAAUUUGUGAAAACGCAACUUUUUGGGAAAUUUCUAGUUCCAACUAUCGUUUGCAUUAAAACAAUGGACUUUUUUCGAAGUGAGCUAGAAAAUUGUAUAAGCUAAAUAUAAACAAGUUGUUAUUUUUGUUUACUAACAGCAUCAAAAAUCAAAAAUUUCACUUUCGGGGUGAAAUUGAUCAGUCAGUGAAAUGUUGUUGUAAGUUUUCCACCUAAAUUAACCACCCAGGAAUGCGAAAAGCUUUGCAAAACUUUUACAAGUUUACUAAACUUUUAUUUAUUUAAGUUUGAAGUUUAUUAAAUCUUAAGAAAACGCCUGAAAGUAUGCAAUUUCCCUACUAAAUAUGUUUUAACUUCCAGAAAAGUACAAUUUUGUGCAUAAAUUUCAAUAUUUAUACAACUUUUGAUGACGAAAUCGGGUUAAGCGAAUACUUGGCAGCUAGAAACAUUCAUUCAAAUAUUCAUUACUUUUGCGAUAUAGCUACGGUAACAAAAGUUUGAAAGUGUCUUUGAAGUUCACCCAACACACAGUUUCGGAAAAUAUUGAUUUUAAUACAGAAAUACGUGACUAAUUGAUUGUAAAACAUAUAAACUCAUCAUUCAAUAACCUUUGAGCCAGAUCAUGGUUAUUUUCUACAAAUUAUUUGAAUUUUAAAGCGUUAUUUUUAACAAACAAAAAUGGUCCUCACAUCGAUCAAUUUCACCCCACUGAUCAAUUUCACCCGAAACCACGGUACUCAGUUUUCCAAAAUCGGUAAAACAUUAAAUAGGAGAUUGCUGUGGGAAAAGUACAAGUUAGUUUCAACGUCAAGGGUAAUGAAUAUCUGAUAAAUAAAAUUUAACGAACGGGUAGUUAGUAGCGGCGCAGCCGAAAUUUUUAUUUGCAUUUCUAAAAUUUGUAUUGAAAUGAUAAACACAGAAAUUCCCUGAUUGUCACCAGAAUAUUCUGGGGAAUAUUCCCUGAGAAUUCCAGGAUUUUUCCAGGUCAAGUAAAAUUCCCUGAUAAUUCCAGGUUUUCCAGGUUUUUCCAGGUAGUAGACACCCUGUAUAACCACAAACGGAGCCUGUGGAGAAUUAGGGCGUCCUCCACAGUAUUACGCCCUUACUGCGCUAACCGGAGCAAUGGUGCAGUGGACCUUGCGUUCCUCCGAGAUAAUCAGUUGCCCUUCUUAAGUCUCAAAUUUGAGGCUAAAUAAGGGCGGGUUAAUGCUAAUGUCGUAAAUUAGCUUACUACCUAUAGGUAUUACUACCUGGUUUCGGUUAAUGCGUUUUUGCCAUUGGCGUUUUUUUUUCAAUUGACACCGAUUUGGUUUGUCGAUGAUGUUUCCUUUUUGUGCUGUGAUUGUGCAGAGUGUCAUCCUGUCUGGUUUGGGUAGUGGCUACGGUCAGGAAACCUCAGACCAAUUUUCAGCGUAAAAAGCGUAUGUAGCCCAAGUGGCUCUACUUCAAAAAGUUCAUCUUCGUAGGGUAACUUCUGUAUAGGUUGUGAACCCUGUUACGUUUCUUUCAUUAUAAAUGAAGUGUCGUGCUUCGAGCAAGCUAUAUUUUAGAAUAACGUUAACCCUUAUGUGGCCAGCAGGGUACCCGGGUACCUUUUUCGAUACCGAAUCUCGAUAUUUUUAUAAUUAUUGAGAGUAGGGAAUUUAAACUCUGCUAGAUCUUAGAACUUGUGAAUGCAUUCACAACAUGGAACAACAAAAUACUAAACACUAAACACCCGCGCAUCUAUUGUUUCGUUUUCGCGCGAGACAAUAGCGAACGUGAUCGAUUAUGCUGCGAUACUCACUCCGUACAGGUGCGAUGCAUGCACAGCAAGGAACAACACAAUACUCCACCAUUCACUGAUUGAGAACAGAGAUGACAAUCUAUAAAGCUCACUGAGCUUUUCUCCCGGAAAGGCUGUUUUUGUAACAACCACGGUAGACACAAUCGUUCGCUCGGAAAAUAAUAAUGUCCAAGUACAAGACGUAAAAAAUACGACGUUC